AAUCUGGUUUAUCCGACGACGCGGAGGACCAAAUCCAAAUCACAAUCCCCCUAUUCUUAGAGCGCCACAACAACCCUAACCGCGUUUGCAGCUGCCACCUUAUUGGUACGUUAAAAUUGGCGGAGUCCCUUUUUCAUCAAAAGUACUUGAUCCAGUACUUUCACUGAUCCCGCUCGCAAGUGUUGGCCAAGAACUGCGAAGGCCAGUCUUACAAGUUGUCGCACCUGAAUCGAUGUUUGUCAUGUGCCUUGGAGUAACAGACCAGCAGUUGGUUGUUGAGUGAUAGUAAACAGUUUGAAUUUGAACGCGUUGUGUGUUAGUUGUGGAUUUAAACGGAUAGUUAAUUUAAGAAGCAAAGAUGAGGUCAGUCUUGCUGUUGCUGGGCGUAUUCUGCAUACAAGCUUAUGCAGAUCUAGAUGUUAAAUUUCAAUGGAAUCUAUUAGAUUUCGAGUUCCCAUCAGAUAAUCAUAGGAAGUAUGCUGUGGAACAUAAGGAUUUUAUACAAGAGAACAAUCUACCGCUGGGUUUGGAAGUUUACGAAAAUAAGCUUUUUAUCACGGUUCCCAGAUGGAAAUCUGGAGUAGCAGCCUCUCUAGCAUACGUUGACAUAACAGAUUCGAAUAAAUCUCCAAAGCUACGUCCCUAUCCAAACUGGCCAGCUCACAACAUCAGAGGAUCAACAGUACCAGAAAUAGUAUCACCCUUCAGAGUAAAGGCCGACCAAUGCGACCGUCUCUGGGUUCUCGACACAGGCACUUCAGAUCUUCUAGGAGACACCAAAAUCCUAGCCCAACCAAGAAUCUCUGUCUACAACCUCAAAAACGACACCUUGAUCCGACAAUACGUCAUACCUAAGGACCAACUGAAAGAAGAGAGCUUCCUCGCUAACAUAGUGGUCGAGGUAGUUAACUGUGAAGAUACCUUCGCCUACAUUGGUGACCUUGGAAAGGCCGCUCUUAUUGUUUACUCCUGGAAGAACAACACUUCAUGGAAAAUAGCGCAUAACUACUUCAACGUGGAUCCUCUGGCAGGAGAUCUCAACGUGUCAGGAAUUGCUUUGAAAUGGGAUGAUGCUAUUUUUGGUCUUGCCUUGACACCUCCCAAAGAAAACGGUUUCAGCACCCUCUACUUCCAUCCUCUGCUCAGUUACAACGAAUUCUCUGUGAGCACAGAAAUACUGCGUGAUCCAGAAUUAGCGAAGAACAGUUACCAAAACUUCACACUCUUGGGAUCGAGAGGACCUAAAAGUCAGAGCACUGCCUCUUUCUUCCACUCGAAAACUAGCGUUCUCUUCUAUGGUUUGAUAAACUUGAACGCUAUAGACUGUUGGAACACUACUGUGCCAUACACUAUGGAAAAUCAAGGAAGGGUGUAUCAGAACGAUGUCACUAUGGUUUUUCCUAACGAUAUCAAAGUAGACGCCAACGAUAAUCUAUGGGUAUUGUCCGAUAGACUUCCAAUCUUCAUGUACCAGAAAUUAGACGAUCAAGAUGUUAAUUUCAGAAUUCUGACAGCACCAGUAUCUGAGGCAGUAGAAGGUACAGUUUGCGACACUCAACAGUCUGUUGUUAUGGAUAGAUUCAAGCCUAGUGUGGCAGUCAGUACUAAUGUUGAGAGCGCAACACAGAAAGAUAGUGCUCCUGGAGCUUCAACAACAAUAUAUUCUUCACUUACGUUAUUAUUUAUAUCUCUCAUUUUUUUGGUGAAAGUUUAGAUGGUUGUCCAUUAACUUGUUGUACAUAUUUAUAAUUUAAUUGUAUUAUAGUCUCUCGCUAAAUGUUUGUUUAUAGAGAAAUUUUAUUGUCAAUACUUUCAAUUAAUGUUUUUUUUUCCUUUGUAAAUUUUAUAUAGCGGGAAUUUUUUCAACAAGGAAUUCUCCUUGAAUUAUUCGUCUAGAUUUUUCACUUUUAUAUUACCGAAUGUAGGUUUUUAUAUCAUGUUUUCUAGUGAAGAAUUAUUUGUGAUAUGUGAUAUUCGGCUUAUGUAGCUCCAUAUUUGUAGAAAGUACCUUAUUUAUUUGAUAUAUAGACCAUAAAAGGUGUUGUAACAUUCAUUCGCUAAUAAAUAUAGGAUAUAAUAAAACUCUCAAACAAAA